AUGACGAAUUACCGCAGCCUGUUUUACUGUUGGCUGUCUGUGGCACUAGUAGUGCUACUAGCACCAAAUCCUGCCAUUGCUGCUGCCGCUGAUACUGCUGAAUAUGUGGAAGGUCAGCCUUUGAAGACACUUGUGAAACUGAACGAAGCUACCUUUCGAAAAGCAAGCAAUGACCCUGCCAAUCCCAUCUUUUUGUACAUGUUCUCGGCGUACUGGUGUGGGCAUUGUAAACGUCUCGCUCCUGUCCUGGAAUCUGUGGCUCCUCAAGUGACGGGGCGCCUAGCCAUUGGAAAAAUUGAUUGCACUGAAGACAAAAAGUUGUGCGACGAGUUCAAGGUCCGUGGCUAUCCAACCCUAAAAUUCUCCAUGGACGGGGAAAUGUACGAAUACAAUUCGGGACGAAAGGAGUCAGACUUUGUGGCUUUUGCGGAUCGCCUCAGUAGACCUGUCGUUACCAUGCUCAAUUCCGUCGAGCAAGCCCACAAGUACACCAAGGAUCAGACGUAUGGACAUGGAGUUUCCUUUCUUUGUCAUGAUCCUGCAGCUUCCAAAGCCCUGGCAGAUGCUGCUGAAUCCACCGUGACAAUUGACAAACUGGCAGCAAAAAGCCCCAUCCUCCAUGUAUGCAAACUGGUGGCACGCAAGGAAAUGGCAGAUGCACAUUUCGCUGCAUUGGCUACCUCUGUUGAUACCAGUUCCAUUACAGGACUACCCGCCCCCUCUGAACCUACUACUGACAAUGAAGGCGGAGAACAAGAUUCUGAUGUUGCAACUGAGCAAGGAUUUGUUUGCCGUCUCGAAGACGGUGUUCCUUCACGAUGUAUGUUGGAAAAGCAGACCACCAUUGAUAUUGAUUCGCUAUGGGAAUUCGUCAAAGUCAACAACGUGGCCAGUCUCACAGAGCUAGGGCCACAAAAUCUACAUAGAAUUGGACGUUUGGGAAGACCUUUGGUCGUGGGGGUGGCAGAUGUUGGCAAUGAAGCACAACUCAAUCAACUCAAGCAAAAUUUGGAAUCGUUCGCCAUCAACGGGCCUCCUAGGUUGACCAGUGAAAAGUACUACUUUGGAUGGAUGGAUGGAGUUAGAUGGUCCAAGUUCCUACAGCAAUUUGAUAUCAGCCAAGAUGAUUUGCCGCAAAUAUUCGUCAUGGAUGUACCCAACCGACUUUACUGGCAAGAUCCUGCGUACAAGGAGCAAACUCUCGAGGCCUUCCUGACAGCCAUUGAGGAUGGUAUUAUUGUUUCCAAAGAAUCGGGGGGUGUCAGAGGAGCACGGUUCCUCUUACAAAUCGCAAACGGAUUCUACGACUGGUUGCCCUGGAGCUUGCUUCUAAUUGUUGCCAUUGCAGCUGGAGCUAUCAUGAUGAUAAUCCCAGCUUCACAAGAACUGGCGGACAAGAAAAAUGACUAG